UACUCCUUUUUGUUUGUUCUCUAACUGAAGAGAAUUAACAGGACACUUCUUCUGUAAUUCCGUUCACGUUUUUUGUAAAUGGCGCCGCGGACGAGAGUCAUGUCGUUCCCGAAAGUCUUGAUUGAGAGGGAUUCGGACUCGGAGGAGAGUUCUUCUUCAGAGGAGGAAGAAGAAGAUGCUGUGGAAGAAGAAGAAGAAGAAGCUGAAGUGGAAAACGACGCAGGAGAAAAGUCGGGCGAAGGACAUGUUGAGGAGGAUGAGCCCUCGACGUCGAUGAAGAAUAGGAAAAAACCCAUUACUAUUAGCCUCAAGAAAGUCUGCAAAGUGUGCAAGAAACCGGGUCAUGAAGCCGGGUUCAGAGGUGCCACCUAUAUUGAUUGCCCAAUGAAGCCUUGUUUCCUCUGCAAAAUGCCUGGGCACACCACAAUGACUUGUCCGCACCGUGUGGCCACUGAGUUUGGGGUCGCCCCAGCACCCUUCAAGAGCACUCAUAGAUCACUGGACUAUGUUUUUGGACGUCAACUUAGGUGUCAUAUCUCUGCGAUCAAGCCAGCAUUCGUGAUCCCAAAUCAAGUGAACUGUGCGGUCAUUAGAUAUCACAGCAGACGUGUUACAUGUUUGGAGUUCCAUCCAACAAGAAACAAUAUUCUGAUAUCUGGUGACAAGAAAGGACAACUUGGAGUCUGGGAUUAUGGUAAAGUGCAUGAGAGGACAGUAUAUGGAAACAUACACGGCUGCAUAUUGAACAAUAUGAAGUUUAGUCCAUCGAAUGAUGGAACAGUUUAUGGUGCUUCUUCUGAUGGAACAGUCAGCAGUACUGACUUAGAGACUGGAAUUUCAUCAACAUUAGUGAACCUUAAUCCUGAUGGGUGGCAGGGACCUAACAGCUGGAGGAUGCUCUAUGGUUUGGAUAUGAACUCUGACAAAGGAAUUUUGCUUGCUGCGGAUAAUUUUGGACUUCUCUAUAUGGUGGAUGCACGCUCCGACAAUGUAAUAGGAAAGCCUAUAUUGAUUCACAAGAAAGGAACUAAAGUUACUGGUCUACAUUGUCAUCCUCUUCAACCAGAUCUGCUGUUGAGUUGUGGAAAUGAUCACUUUGCCCGAAUAUGGGACAUGCGACGGCCAGAAGCUGGGUCUUCUAUAUAUGAACUUCCUCAUAAGCGUGUUGUUAACUCUGCCUAUUUUUCUCCACAAACUGGUAGCAAGAUACUUACCACGUCACAGGAUAACAGACUUCGUGUAUGGGAUUCCAUCUUUGGGAAUUUGGACUCUCCAAGCCGGGAAAUUGUGCACAGUCAUGAUUUUAAUCGACAUUUGACAGCUUUCCGAGCAGAAUGGGAUCCGAAGGACACCUCAGAGUCCCUCAUCGUUGUUGGGCGUUACAUAAGCGAAAAUUAUAAUGGAGUAGCCUUGCAUCCUAUUGAUUUUAUAGAUGUAAGCACUGGUCAGUUAGUUGCAGAAGUGAUGGAUCCAAACAUUACGACAAUCAGUCCUGUAAAUAAGCUACACCCACGUGAUGAUGUGUUAGCAUCUGGUAGUUCCAGAUCCAUCUUCAUCUGGAGGCCCCAGGAGAACUUUGUGUUGAAGCGGCCAAGGGAUGAGAGUAGGAUAGUUUUGUGCGGGAAGGGUGAAAAAGAACGCAAAGGGAAGCCUGAAGAUCACAGUGGUGAUGAUCUUGACGAUGAUGCAUACGGCUCCAAGAGUUCAAAGACCAAGAAACAUAACUUAAAAUCUAAAGCUCGUGGUUCCAAGCAAAAAUGCUGAUAUUGGGAGUCAAAAGCUCUCAAGAAUCAUCCGCAGCAACACAGAGUCAGCACCUGCUGCCCUUUCUUGAAUUUGCUGAGACCAAGUUUUGUACUGUGAAUAGUAGUAGUAGUAGUAGGAAUAGUGUACUUCAGAGAAAGCAGCAGCAGUAUGAACUUUUUAACUCUUGCAUCGGUUAUCAACCCGUAUGUUGUGUUUAGCUAACUAUAGAUCGUUAGAUGCUUAAUAGGGAUAUGACCUAUCUGCCAAAGGCGUCGAGGUAGGUGGUUCUUUUGCUUUAUUCAUGAAAGACGUGGAAUUUCCUCUUAUUGAUCCUAGUCGAGUAUGGAGCUUUGUAAUGCAGAAAGAG